AUGGCAAACAUGAUACAAGACCUCAUCUACUCCCUAGGCAACUGCCUCAAUUGCUUUCCGGGCUCGCCGACCCUCAAGAUCAAUGGCCGGAGUUUCAAAAUCCUACGGCUGCUUGGCGAGAUUCGCUGCCCGUUCGGCGCCGAGUCCGUCGCCACCGCGAUGAGGGAGGUGGAGGCGUACCGCCUGUUCCCCCACGCCCCGGGCAUCAUCCACAUGGUGGACUACUCCAUCGCGACUGACCGGGGCGGCUCCUCCGCCGACGAGGCCUCCAAAACCGUCUACGUCCUGCUGCCCUACUACCGGAGAGGCAACCUGCAGGACAUGAUCAACGCCAACGUCGUCAACAACGCCCGCUUCCCCGAGCGCAAGCUCAUGGUCCUGUUCCUCGGCGUGUGCCGCGCCCUCCGGUCCAUGCACAAGUACGACCCCGCCCCCAUCGCCAUGGAGAGGAUGGAGAUGGGCGACGGAGACACCCAGAGCGGCCACGCCAACGGAGCCGGCCGGAAUAAGGGCAAGGGCGGCCAGAGGAACUCGAGCAUGGCCGCUAGUAUGGCGGAUGAGGAGCACGAGUCGGAGCAGGAGAGGCCGCUCAUGGCGGGAGAGGGCCUGGCCGCCGCCGGCAACAUAAAAUCCUACGCCCACCGCGAUAUCAAGCCUGGAAACAUCAUGAUUGACGACUCGGGAUCCAACCCCAUCCUCAUGGACCUCGGCUCCGUCGCCGCCUCCCCCAUCCCCAUCACCUCGCACUCUCUCGCCAUCGCCACCCAAGACACCGCCGCCGAGCACUGCACCAUGCCCUACCGCGCCCCCGAGCUCUUCGACGUCCGCACCGGCACCGUCAUCGACACAAAGGUCGACAUCUGGUCCCUCGGCUGCACCCUCUUCGCCUGCCUCGUCGGCAAGUCCCCCUUUGAGAUGCGCUCCGACGAAACCGGCGGUACCCUCUCCCUCUGCGUCCUCGGCGGCGACUGGCGCUUCCCCGACGAGGGCAACCCCGCCGGCGCCGGCCUCCGCCGCGCUCCCACCAACCAGGCCGCCGAUCCCGCCGCCAACAAACCCGGUUCCGACACCCGCAUCAGCGAGCCCGUCCGCCAGAUUGUCCGAAAGUGCCUCACUGUCGAGCCCAGCGAGAGGCCAGACAUUGACGAACUCAUCGAAUUGGUGGAGACCGUCAUCGAGGAGCUGCCCCAGGAUUCCGAUGCGUAA